UCCGUACACGUCAGCCACGGCUCGCCGUGCCGCGCUCCGUUCGCCGCCGCGGAGAGACGAGCAGCGGCCGCAGCAUCGCCCAGCCCGCAGAGCAGCCCGGCAGCAGCGUGCCAUGGCCAGCGAGGAGGCCGCGGGCACCCGGCAAACACGGCACCCCCCUUAGUGAGCUCUCCUGGUCCUCCUCGCUGGCUGUUGUGGCUGUUUCCUUCUCGGGGCUCUUCACCUUCAUCUUCCUCAUGUUGGCCUGCCUGUGCUGCAAGAAGGGGGACAUUGGCUUCAAGGAGUUUGAGAACGCCGAAGGGGACGACUAUGUGACGGAGCUCUCAGCCCAGGGCUCGCCUGCCCCCCAGCAUGGCCCCGAAGUCUAUGUCCUGCCUCUCACCAAGGUCUCCUUGCCCAUGGCCAAGCAGCCUGGGCGCUCAGUGCAGCUCCUCAAGUCGGCGGACCUAGGGCGGCAGAGCCUGCUCUACUUGAAGGAGAUCGGGCAUGGCUGGUUUGGCAAGGUGUUCCUGGGGGAGGUGAACUCGGGCAUCAGCAGCACGCAGGUGGUGGUGAAGGAGCUGAAGGCCAGCGCCAGCGUACAGGACCAGAUGCAGUUCCUGGAGGAAGCACAGCCCUACAGGGCCCUCCAGCACACCAACCUGCUGCAGUGCCUGGCCCAGUGUGCCGAGGUGACGCCGUACCUGCUGGUGAUGGAGUUCUGCCCGCUGGGUGAUCUCAAGGGAUACCUGCGGAGCUGCCGCGGGGCUGAGGCGAUGACCCCGGACCCGCUGACCCUGCAGAGGAUGGCAUGUGAGGUGGCCUGCGGUGUCCUGCAUCUUCACAGGAACAACUACAUCCACAGCGACCUGGCCCUGCGGAACUGCCUGCUCACCGCCGACCUGACCGUCAAGAUCGGAGACUACGGGCUCUCGCACUGCAAGUACAAAGACGACUACUUUGUGACAGCCGACCAGCUGUGGGUGCCGCUGCGCUGGAUCGCCCCGGAGCUCAUUGACGAAGUGCACGGCAACCUGCUCAUUGUGGACCAGACCAAGUCCAGCAACGUCUGGUCGCUGGGUGUAACCAUCUGGGAGCUGUUCGAGCUAGGCAGCCAACCCUAUGACCACUACUCUGACCGGCAAGUGCUCGCCUAUGCCAUCAAGGAGCAGCAGCUCAAGCUGCCCAAGCCUCAACUGAAACUCUCGCUGUCAGAGCGCUGGUACGAGGUGAUGCAGUUCUGCUGGCUGCAGCCAGAGCAGCGUCCGACGGCGGAGGAGGUCCACCUCCUGCUCUCCUACCUCUGUGCCAAAGGGGCGACAGAAGCGGAAGAGGAGUUCGAGAAGCGCUGGAACUCCAUGAAGCCCAACGGCAGUGCCAGCACCAGCCACCAUGGCCCUGAGCUCUCCUCCUUCCCGCUGCUGGAGCAGUUCUCUGCCGAUGGCUUCCCCUCAGAUGGGGACGACAUCCUCACCGUCAUGGAGACCAGCCACGGCCUCAAUUUUGAAUACAAGUGGGAGCACACCAAGACUGAGCACUUCCAGGCUCCCCUGGGGUCCCUGAGCCCCAGCAGUGCCGCACGCUACCACGACCUCUACUACCCAGCCACUACCACAGGACACCUGAGCCUGGGGGUCUCACCCUCCUGCUACGAGUGCAAGCCAACAGGCUGCCCUGGGCUGCCAGCGCCCGGCGUGGUGCCCAUCCUGGGCGCCCACAGCCCCUCACUUGGCAGCGAGUACUACAUCCGCAUCGAGGGGCCUGGGGAGGGCAGCGCCGAGCUGGACUAUGCCAUGUGUACCUACAGCCCUGCAGCCGAGCAGGGGUCCCCGCACCCCCCGUCCUGCUGGCGUGCCCAAGGGACCCGGAAUGGCAGCACCUACGACUCUGACAGCAGCCCCACUGUCUCCCUCAGCAUGGAGCCACUGCUGGGCCACGCACCGGUGGGCGAGGGCUCCUGGGAAUGUGCCGAGUACUACCCCUACCCCUGCCCAGGGCAAGAGCCACGGGGUUAUGAGCCAUCCCCCCGCCGCGGGGCAGAGAGGUACCUGCUGGAGGAGGAGCCCACUCAGCUGGGCAGUCAGGAUUGGCCCGUCCCCGGUUUCCAGCCCAGCAUCUUCACUGACCCACUGGGCGUCUCGCCGUCGGUGAACAGUGCUUACAGCCCCCAAGGGUACGGCGAACCACGGGCAGCCCCGCCAGGCGGGCAGCUGUCAGGGCAGAGUGAUGCCAGGCCGGACUGCGUGGCACUGGAGCUGGGUGAGGACAGUCCCCCUGGCGCCCCCCCCGCCCAGGGUGCGAGCCCCCCUGCUCAGCGGCAUCCCUGGUCCUCCAAUAGCUCCUCCAACAACAACAUCAGCAGUGGUAGCCCAGCAUCCCGCGAGGCCCAGGCUGGCGACAGCUGGUGCUACCGCCGCAUGAUCACCUUCCGGGGGCUAAUGGCCAAGCCGCUGGGCACCGUGCCACGCGGCCAGCCACAGCUCGGGGGGUCCCCGCCAGGCCAUGACUUCCGCCGCCCGCGGCAGGAUCAGCCCCCCAGCAUGGCCGGCAGCUCCUCCUCCCCGUGCCGCUCGCCCUCCCCGCGCCGCCAGGCCUGGCACAGCCGUGACUCAUCAACCUUCGGUCGCUCGCAGGCAGCAGCGCUGGCUGGCAGCCCCGCCACGCCGUGGGGCCCCACCGCGGCCCCGGCAGCUGGAGCAGGGGCCCGGCACGAUGUCUGCCCGGACGAGAGCGUGGAAAGGAGCAGUCCUACCCACGGUCCGCUGUCCCACGCUGCAAGUGUGCCAGGGCCAGGGGAGGCCACCCCCAUGGCUGGCACUGCUGCGCCGAGCCCCAACCCCCCCCCGGAGCCUGGUGUAGAUGGUGCCCAACCCACAGCAGAGGCCUCUGAGGUGCCUGCGCCAGUGCCUGGGGAGGCGGCGGGCGAGCGCGGUGCGUGUGCUGCCGCUGAUGUGGACCGGACGCCAGACAAGACCUUCUCCAGUGCCAGCUUCCCCAGCGUGGACGAAGGGAGUGAUGAGGACACUGCAGACCUGACCUCCGGCGUCUUCACUGACUUCUCUGGGGACUACACGGAGCGGGUGGAGGCGGCCCCAGCAUUCAAGUCCCUGCAGAAGCAGGUGGGGACACCGGACUCCCUGGAGUCGCUGGACAUCCCCUCCACAGCCAGCUCCUGUGAGGUCUUCAGCCCCACAGCCUUCACGCCCGCUGGCCAGCCCAAGGCCCUCGACAGCGGCUACGACACCGAGAACAACGAGUCCCCCGAGUUCGUCCUUAAAGAGCCCCACGAGCCCCGAGAGCCAGACGCCUUCAACCAGCUGGGGAAGCCACCCCCGGGUUUGCCAGGGGGCGAGGGUGAGGGUUCGGGCCCCGAAACACAGGUCCCCACCUCCCUCGGGACUGAGCUGCACAGCCUCGCUGAGAAGAAUCCCUACCGCGACUCUGCCUACUUCUCCGACUAUGAUGCCGAGGCCGAGCGCAGUCCCAAGGGCGAGGAGGACAGCGAUGGGUCCCGGACCCCCGAGGCAGAGGAGGGUCCUCAGUCCCCUGCACAGGACCUAGGGAGAGCCCCUGGGCCAGGAGAGGACCCGUUGCAUCCCCCAGGGGCACCUGGUAGCCCUCCAGCAGCGCCCGGUGUUCCGGUGGCAGCGGACAUGCCAGUGGCGGGGGUUUUGGUGGAGGACUGUCAGGAGGCAGAGGCUGGGAGCACCCUGGCCAGCCCCACGGGGCAGGCUUCUGGUACCGAGCAGAGACCCGCUGGCACGGGGCUGGUGCCGGGCAGCUCCCCACGCCCUGAUCGAGAGCCCUGUCUCCCGGGCUCUGUGACGCCCAAGACUUUCUUUUUGACCCCAGUGCCAGUGAGCCCUGGUGAGCCAGAGUCCAUCGAAGGGACCCGUGUGCCCGAGGGCAUCCCUGGACUUGGAGAAGCGGAAGCUGGUGACAAACAGACUGUGUCCCCAACGCCGGGGCUUGGGGAACCGGGGCUGCCCCUGGAGGGAACUGUGGCGGAUGAUGCACCGGGAGGUCCCAGCACGUUGCAGACAGAGAGUGAGUCGCCCCCGGGUCUCUCCCCACUCUCCUCCACGCGGGAGCUACGGCCGGUUGUCCCUGAGCGCUGUGAAGAGCCGGAGGAGGAGGAGGAAGACACGGAAGACAGCGAUGAGUCGGACGAAGAGCUGCGCUGCUACAACAUCCAGGAACAAAGUGAGGAGAGUGAAGAGGAGCCAGUGGCAGUCCCCAUCGUGGUGGCCGAGAGCCAGAGCGGCAGGAACCUGCGCAGCCUGCUCAAGAUGCCCAGCCUGCUCUCUGAGGACUUCUGUGAGGAUCUGGAGCGCAAGAAGAAAGCUGUCUCCUUCUACGACGAUGUUACCAUCUACCUCUUUGACCAGGAAAGCCCCACGCGGGAGCUGGCUGAGCAGAGCUUCCCAGAGUCCCCCCAGCCCUCGGGGGAGCCUCCUGCCGCUGGCAGCCCCCCCAGCCCGGCAGACAGGCUCAGCGCCUCGGACGACUCCUCAGAUGGCAACGUCUCAGAAGAAAGUGGCGGCUUUGAGUGGGACGAUGACUUUCCGCUCGUGGCGGUGAAGCCAUCCCUGAUGACCUCACUGACAGGGACACCAGCGGAGCCUGACCCAGCCGUGUCCACGCUGCCUGCCCUGCCCACGCUGGUGCCAGCUCAGAAACAGGUGCUGCCUAUCCAGUUCUCCCGGUUCACAGUCUCGCCUGCCCCGGUGUCCCGGUUCUCCAUCACUCACGUUUCCGAUUCAGACAUGGACUCCAUUGGAGGCAGCAGUGAGGACGGUGACCGGGAGUGAGCCAGCCGGCACGCCAACCGGGCAUCAUCCCGACACCCGUACCGGCGCAGGAUGGCGAGGCCGGGAGCGGGGUCCGGCCGGGAGCUCCCAGCCUGCUCUCUGGAUUUUUUUAGGCAGAUUUUAUCGGGAGGAGCUCGUUUGGUGCUGCGAGCAGGAGAGGGGCCAGGGCGGCCCGGGGCCAGGCGGUGGGUGACGGCCGUGCGUGCGUGUGUGUGGCUGUGUGUGUGUAUAAAUAGACACUAUAUAUAUAUAUAUAUACACAUAUAUAUAUAUAUAAAAUAUAGCAUUUAAAGGGUAGGGCCCUGACCUUGCUAACACUUGCGGAGUGUGUCCCCCCAACCCCAGUGAAGUCCCCUCCCUUGGCUUCUUGCCCACAUGUGCUCCCCCAGGUGGUGUUUGUCCCUGUCCCCCUUGUGCCAUGCACUUGGCCUUGCACCUCACCGGCUUGGCUGCACCACAGCCACCCAACAGCUGCCCCACGGUGCCCUCCAGGGGGGAGCUAUUGGCUGCUGCUGCUGUUCGAUGUCACCCUGAGUGCACCAGGGCUGCCAUCGGCUCUCGUAGCUGAGGUGGGCAGCAUGGCCUGAGGAGUGGGGCUUGAGGGGGCAAGGGAGCUCCCUUCUCCCUUGAUUUUGGGGAUAAGUCCCAGAGUCUUGGCCCAGCGAAAGCCCUGGGGAACCCCCCCCCAACCUGCCCAACUGCAGUGCCACUGGGGAGGGCUGGCAGGAGCGUAGGGGUGUCCCAGCUGCCCCUCUUGUGGGGUAGCCUCAGCCUGGGACCCACCGACCUGAUUAUUUUUGUAUUUAAAGAAAAGGAUUAAACCCUCCCCCUCCCCAAACCCCAACAAACCCCCAAACCAACCCAAACCCACCUUAAAAACAAAACUUGCUGUUGACUGAACCACAUUGACUCCAUUUUAAGUUAUUGCUGCCAAAGAGACAUCACAAGGCGGGGAGUGGGGGAGGGAGUGUGUGUGGGGGGGGUUUGCUGCUUGCAGUUCUUCAUUCCUUUUUUUUUUGGUUUUGUUUAGUUGGUUGUUGGGUUUUUUUUUUGGUUGUUUGUUUGGGUUUUGUUGGGUUUGGGGGUUUUUUUUUUUUUUUUGGUUCUUUUUUAGUCCAUUUGAGGCUUAGGAUAAUUGUGCAAUUCCAGCUUCCAGAAGGAAAUGGAAGUAAGCGGAGCUGAGCGAAACCUUGAAAUCAGGGCUGGUUCCUUUGGGGUCUAUAGACCAAACCCUGAGGUGAGAAAUGCCUCCCCUGGCCCCUUCCACCCCAACCCCUACCCCCCCCCCCCCCCCCACACACUCCAUCACACCCUGGCCCAUGAUCCUGGCUGGCUCCUGUCACUCUGUGCACGUGGGGCGAGGGCACAUGUCCUGGUGCACUGAACACCUAUGCCCAGACAUGGGAUGGGGCUGGUGCCAGGAGGGGGUUUGCUCCACGCCGGGGCAUGGUGCUGCAGGUUGAGCCUGGCCCCAGUUUGGUGCAGCUCCUUGCCCACCCUUAUCUCACCUUAUGGCCAGCCCAGCCUGGAGCUGUGGUCCCAGCCAGGACCCUCUCAGCCGUCAGGAGGCUGUUGGAGAAGCUGAGCGUCUGUGCCCUAAUGGGACAGAUAGGGUCCUGUGGGGACCCAGGGCUGCUGUGCCUGUCCCAUGUCCCCCCCACCCCUCCAGUUGCUUCUCCCACAGGACUCACUUGGCAAGUCACUGGUGGAGAUUAUUGCUUUAUUUAAGUGGUUUAUUUAAGCUCCAACCUGGCCUGUACCCCCCCCCCCCCCCCCACCCUCUUGCAAACUCUUUGAUGAAACCUUGCAGCCCCAUGCUGACCAGUGGCACAGGGCACAGCACCCAUGGGUGGUGGCAGGGUGCUGCUGGGGAUGCUCUUCCCACAGUAUGCACCCCUGCUCCAUGUCCCCCACCCCUCCCUCCACCCAGCAUUGCAGGGCGUGGGUGUUUGCUCAAUCCCCUCGCCACAGCCCUCCCACUCCCUGCUUUCACCUAGGUCAGUGGGGGUGCUGAUCCUGUGCUCCCACCCUCACGCCCCCUGUCUCGCCCCGGGUUUGGUCUAUGGCACCGCAGGUCCCUGCCUCUGGAUGGCAGCAUGAGGCCAGAGCUGGGGCUUGGAGGGUGGUGGGUUGUUGGUUUUUUUUUUCCCCCCAAUAGAAAGGCUGUUAUCACAUUGUCUAUUUUAUCAAUACGGGUCAUAACUGCUGUAUUUUUUAAUCAGUGCUGAUUUCCAUACAGCUCCCAGCAUGUGUGUCAAAUAUCAUCAGGCCAAUAAUAAAGUUUUUAAAAUAUCUUAA